UCACAGGUGCUGCUAUAGGAGCCAAUAACCCGGAUGUUGUGAACGUUGGGAUGAUAUUCAAGUGCAGAGAAGAUUUCAAACAGCAUAUGGCGAUGUAUGCAAUCCGAAAUAAAUUCAGAUUUCGGAAUAGCAGAUCCGCCCCUGGAGGGAUGGUUCUCCGAUGCUUUAGCCACACGUGUAGUUGGAGAGUGUAUGCGGCAAUGUUAAAAAACACGCAGUUGUACGAGGUCCGAAAAGUUAAUUUAGCACAUUCUUGUAGUGUUGACGAUCGUUCUGGAUACCAGUCGCAAGCAACAACUACGGUCAUUGGGGGGAUGAUGAGGGGAAAAUUUGCUGGUCGAGGAGGGGGCCCCCGGCCAAAUGAAAUUAGGGAAGCUAUGCAGGGUGAUCACGAGGUUCACAUUUCAUAUUGGAAAGCAUGGAGAUCCAGAGAGGUAGCUUUAGACUACGCAAAGGGGUCAUGUGGUGCUUCUUACAAUCUCCUCCCGGCCUACCUUGAGAAGCUAGUACAUGCUAAUCCCGGGAGUAUUGCUGAUAUCCACACCGAGUAUGCAGAAGGGAUAGGGCAUAGAUUCAAAUAUAUGUUUCUGGCUAUGUCUGCAAGCAUUGAAGGUUAUAAAUUCAUGAGGAAGGUAGUAAUAGUUGAUGGCACACAUCUAAGAGGCAAGUAUGCUGGAUGUUUGUUGACUGCUUCAGCUCAAGAUGGUAAUUAUCAAGUAUUUCCAUUAGCGGUGGCGGUCGUGGAUGGAGAAAACGACAAAGCUUGGGAAUGGUUUUUUAGGAAACUAACACAAUUCAUCCCAAACAACGACGAUGUUGUAUUCGUGUCUGAUCGAAAUCCAUCAAUAUACCACGGCAUUGCAAAGGUUUAUCCGAUGGGCCGGCAUUGCGCAUGCAUUCUUCACCUUAAAAGGAACAUAAGGACGUAUUUCAAAGACAAGCACUUGGGGUACUUGGUGGGGAAGGCAGCAAGAGCGUACAGCCUCUCAGACUUUUACAGUACUUUCAACGAGAUUAAAAACGUCAAUGCAUCCUGUGCGGAGUACCUAAUGGGAAUUGGUUUCCCACAUUGGACGAGAUCUCAAUUUGAAGGCAACCGUUACAACAUUAUGACGAGUAAUGUGGCAGAGACUUGGAACUCCGUUUUGCGAGAGGCUAGAGAAUAUCCAAUACUUUCCCUCAUUGAAUAUAUAAGAGCUAAGCUGAUGUCGUGGUUUGCUGCAAGGAGGCAACUCCAGCGGGGGGAUGAUAAGAUUCUCACACCGCAUGUGGAUGAUCUUGUGGCAUCUAACUUUGAAAGGAGUGGGGGCCUUUGGGUCACCCUCAUUGGGGAAGAUCAAUAUGAAGUGCGAGAUAAGGAGGGAAACACAUGGCAUGUUAAUUUGGCAGAGAAAACCUGUAGUUGUUGUGAAUUUCAAGCGCUACUAAUUCCAUGCACUCACGCCAUUGCCGCGGCCACAAGGUACAAAAUCAGGGUCGAUUCCCUUGUUGCAGAAUAUUACACUUUGAGAACCUACCAAGCAGCGUACAGUAAAUUAAUAUAUCCGGUUGUCGGGUACGAAAGCAUUGAAAUUCUGUCGAGUGACAGUUCUGAGAGCCAGUUAGAGGUUAACCCACCAGCAUGCAGGAGGCCACCAGGGAGGCCUAGAAAAAACCGGAUUUUAUCAAGAGGAGAAUUUGAGAUGAGAGGGAAGAAGAAACAAACUAUGUGCAGUAGAUGCAAGUGCAAGGGGCAUAACCGGGUUACGUGCAAAAUGCCUAUAUGAUCUGUGUUAAUAUGGUUACGCAAAGUUGUUGACUCGGAUGAUGAAGGUGUAUGUAAGUAUUGGGGGGUCGUAGAACUGGAUAAAAAUCGUUAAUGAUAGCAAUGUAAAAUAUAAACCAGUUCAUGGGUUGUGGCAGGUCUAUCUAGUUUCCCGAGUUUGUACAAUAAAUAAUAAUGACAACUUGCAUUGUCAAGUAAGUGUGUCUGUAAGAUAAGGUUAUUGUUCUACAUUACAUUAAGGGUUUUAAGUAAGUGUGUAUGUAAGAUAA